CCCUGAACGCAUCAAAAGUACUUUCACGGAGAGACAAGACAACAAGCAGAAGAAGAGGAGCGGAGGAGCCACGAUGGUCUAGUGCACAACAGCUAUGAGUCAAAGUAGUCCCUGCCUCUGGACUCAGCUCCCCCAGAGCAGCCCAUCACCAUGUGACCGCUACAAGCAUGCCUGCUGCAGCCAUGAUGGAAAUGUGUACAUCCUUGGUGGCAGAGAAAGCUCCAGUCUAAGUGAUUUCUGGAAGUACAGUGUGGUUUGUGACGAGUGGACAGAGCUCAACUGCUCCGGUGAAGCGGCACCAGAAGAACUGGAGGAACAUUCUAUGGUGGCUCAUGAGGGCUUUCUAUACGUGUUUGGAGGUAUGCUGGAUUCUGCUUACACCAAGAGGAGAUGUCCCCUGUGGGUGUUUGACAUCGCAAAGCAGAAAUGGGUACGCUGCCAAGGAAAGACCAUUCAGAGUCAAACACCAACCAACAGAAAGGGCCACAGUGCAGUGGUGAUAGGUUCUGCCAUGUUAGUGUACGGAGGUUUCAUAGACAUUAAAGGAUCGUCUCAGGAGUUCUGGAGUUUGGACUUGGAUACCAUGGCGUGGACCCUGCUGACUGGGUUUCAGCAGGGCUCAUUAGGACCAGGUCCCAGACACAGCCACUCUGCCACGGCCUACCAGGACUGCAUGUACCUGUACGGGGGCUUGAAAGGCUUACGGGAGCAGAGAGACUUCUGGGAGUGGAACUCCAGCAGUCAUGUAUGGAAUUCCCUCAAAACCAAGUCUGGUCCUUCUAAACUGAUCGGACACUCCACUGUGGUCUACAAAGACGCUAUGCUUGUUUUCGGAGGAGGCGAGAGCCAGGACGCUCCACAGAAUUCCAUGUGGAGCUACAGCUUCAGCUCGCACACAUGGAGGCAGGUGGUGGCGCUCCCCGGCUCCACCCCCCCGGGCAAGAUCCACCACUGCUGGGCUGGACUCGGACCCAGCUACAAGCCCAACACAGGCUCCGGAUCUGGCUUAGGACUCCACACCAGGGAACUGGAAGACAAAACCAGACCCUUCAAGAACAAGUGCUUUCCCGCACCACUUACUUUUCUGGGGUCAGAAGGCGCUAUAGAACUGGAGACGUUUAGUCCAGACAAGUGCCACAGCAACAGGAUUUACUCUAAAUCCUCAGAUGUGAACAACAGCAAUGACUGCUGGAAAAAGAAGGACGCACAGAGGAUUGUGGACUGUUUGACCUUUGAGAACAAAGCCUUCAGGAAACAGUGGAGCGGCACAGAGGAGGAGCUGAGUGACGGCAAUAUCGUCCUGCACCUGCCUGACCUGCUGCUGGUGUUUGGAGGAAGACCAUGCACCAGACAUUGUCCCAUCUCUGUAUGGCAGAUGACCCUGACUGACUCCUAACAGCCCACAAAGAUCCACUUUAAUCAAAACUUUACUCACA